CCUUUAUUGUUCAGCCUUUAUGAUCACGUGCGCUCGUCACCCAAUCGAAUGGCAGUCCUGCUUCCCAACUAUUAGUCGACUGUAGAUCUUUGUGGUGCCAAGUUGCUAUACUUGAUUUCUUCAGAUUGUUAUUUUGUAAAAGUCGGGUUUAGUGCGUGUGUAUGUGUGUGUGGUGUGUGUGGCACGCGUGUUUUUGUAUGUAUCUGUGUAUGUGUGGGUACAUGUGAAAGUAUCUUUUGUCAUGUCGACAUCUGGAACGUUGACUAGCUACUACGUCGACUCCCUCAUCUUGCCGGAGAGCGAGGAGCUGUCCGCGCCCAGAUACACCUCCGGUCCGGGGGGGCUCCAGCAUGCGAGGCAGCUCACCUCGCUCACCGAUCACACCGAGCUUGGGCCCUGCACCUUCCCGACGAAAGCUCCGGUCUUCAGCCCGUCCUGGGGCCAUGUAUCGACCCAGUUUCCAGGUGCCGUGUCAUCCGUGUACCACCACCCGUACGGGCAUCACCAAGGCCCGGCUCCAGGCGACUUGGAGGGUCGCUACAUGCAGUCCUGGCUGCUUGAGCCCAUGUCAGGGUCCUUGCCCUUGACCGGAUUACCAACGAGUCAUCAUUACGGGAUCAAACCGGAGAGCCUGGGUGCACGAGUGGACAGCGCGCUGCCUGGAUCCCAUACCGCACUGCUCCUGUCCGACUUCACCAACGGGACAGUUGCGACGGCGUCCCCGGUGGACAAGAACACACUACCUGGCCAGACCGCAAACCUGAACGGGGAGAUAGAGGAGAAACCGGCCCUCGAUCCAAAUAACCCGGUAUCUAACUGGCUCCACGCAAGCGCCACGAGAAAAAAGCGCUGUCCAUACUCCAAGCACCAGAUCCUUGAGCUGGAGAAAGAGUUCCUCUUUAACACGUACCUCACGCGGGACCGUAGGUUCGAGGUCGCGAGGCAGCUCAACCUUACCGAGAGACAGGUCAAAAUCUGGUUUCAGAACCGCAGAAUGAAGAUGAAGAAAUGUAAUAAAGAUUGUGGACCAAAAAAUGAUUUAUAGGCACCUAUGACUCAUUGAACGUGAACGUAAAAAAUAUCACAAAAAAGGGAUAUCUGUGAAAAUACUGUCAUUUUUAGAAGUCGUUGUCUCAUUGUUUUAUUCCAAACAGAAGCUGUUAUGUGUCUUGUAAAAAAGCAUGUCCGGCUCUACUCGUCGGUUUGAUGCAACUACCUUUAUAUUGCACAAUUUAACAGUGCGCAUAAUUUGUUGUUAUUGUUAUUAUGAUGUUAAUUAAUUAAGGCCUCGGCUGCAAGUGUCAUUGUGUAACACGAGUAUUAGUAGGCCUGUUCUCUGUGCUCAUUUGUGUAUGGAUGUUUGUAGCUAUGUGUGUGUUCUCUGGUUUGUAGAUAUUUGUAUUUCCGGUUCAACUGAAUUUAGUUUUAAAUGUGAUUAAGUUUUUGUUGUUGUUGUCAUUAUUUCAGUUACUGGUAACGUUGAUUCAUGAUCAAACGUUGGAGUGAUAGGCUAACGUCUGGCUGCUAACGUCUGGCUGCUAAGCUGCUAACGUCUGGCUGCUAACGUGAUGGUAGCAUUUUGAAGGGGGUGCAUGAGUAUCAAAAGCCUUUUAAAAAUGCAUAUAGGCCUAUUGAUACUAUUCAUAGAAGGUACAUAACAAUCAUUUUGUGUUGACUACCUAGACGUCUCUCAACUACCUAUAAUUGCAAGACCUAUAAUUGCAAGAGCCUAUUUGAUUUUUACCUGACUCCGUUGUGAAGAAACAUAACGCUUGUAUAGGAAACUAUGUCUGAAUUUCAGGGAGUAACAUUUAGAGGACAUAUUGGUUAGGAAGAGAGAGAGAGGACAUUUUAAAAACACUGUAGGCUACGUAAUGAAUACCUCAUGGUCUGGAGACGUUCGGAU